AUACAAAGCUAUAUUUUGGAAGCAUUCAAAUCAAACAAUGAAGAUCACAUUAGUAGCAUUUGCCCUUCUCUUCGCCCAGAGCACAAACCCUCUACUUGGAGCAGCCGGUCCGGCACCGGAGCAAGUCGUUGAUACUUCCGGCAAAAUUCUCCGAGCAGGUGCCUAUUACUACGUAAUUCCAUCUCCUAAUCCAAACGGCGGGGGCCUUGCUCUCGCAAGCAUAGGAGAAGCGUGUCCACUCGACGUUGUGGCGGUGCAGGGAUAUCCAGGCCUGCGAUUGUCGUUUACUCCGUUCAACACCAAGAAAGGUGUCAUUCGUGUCUCUACUGAUCUGAACGUCAUGUUCUUAGCCGGCACAAGUUGUCCUCAGUCCGACGUCUGGAAGCUCGACGACUACGAUGAUACCACUGGACAGUGGUUCGUGACAACCGGUGGGGUUAUGGGGAAUCCUGGACCACAAACAAUGAGCGAUUGGUUUAAGAUUGAGAAGUACGAGGAAAGUUAUAAGUUGGUGUACUGUCCUACUGUGUGCAGCUACUGUAACGUUCAAUGCAAAGAUAUUGGCAUUUACGUCGAUUCAGAUGGAAACCAGCGUCUUGCUCUGAGCGAUGAGCCAUACAAAGUUCAGUUCCAGAAAGCCUAAACAUCUUUUCAACGACACUAAACCGUUUUAUGAAUAAUGUAAUUUGUCCUUAGUGGGACAUUGUUCUCCUUGCUUAUUCCCUAAGUAGAGUUCCUUGCAUAUGUACUCCACUAAUUAUGAGACAAUAAACAAAUGAGCUAGUAUUUUCUCU